AUGGACAUGGAAGAGGAACAGGAGUACGAGGAGCAAAUGAUGGAGGACGAGGAGAUCAUGCAAGAAGACGCGUGGGCCGUCAUCUCGGCGUACUUCGAAGAGAAAGGUCUCGUUCGUCAACAGCUCGAUUCCUUCGACGAGUUCAUCCAAAACACCAUUCAAGAAAUUGUGGAUGAGUCUGCUGACAUUGAAAUUCGACCCCAGUCGCACAAUCCCCGUCACAAAUCCGACGUCGCAGAGAGUAUUUAUAAAAUCAGUUUCGGUCAGAUUUACUUGAGUAAGCCUAUGAUGACAGAGUGUGAUGGAGAAACUGCCACGUUGUAUCCCAUGGCUGCCAGGUUAAGGAACCUUACGUACUCAGCUCCUUUGUAUGUUGAUGUCUCUAAGAGGGUUAUAAAGAAGGGGCAUGAUGGUGAAGAGGUCACUGAGAUUCAGGAUUUAACCAAAGUUUUCAUUGGAAAGGUUCCUAUAAUGCUUCGGUCUAGUUACUGCACAUUAUACCAGAAUUCAGAGAAGGAUUUGACUGAGCUUGGGGAAUGCCCGUAUGAUCAAGGUGGGUAUUUCAUUGUUAAUGGGAGUGAGAAAGUUCUGAUUGCUCAGGAGAAGAUGAGCACCAACCAUGUCUAUGUCUUUAAGAAGAGGCAGCCAAACAAGUAUGCUUAUGUGGCUGAAGUUCGGUCCAUGGCGGAAUCACAGAACAGAACACCCAGUUCUAUGUUUGUGCGCAUGCUUUCUCGGACUAGUUCCAAAGGGGGUUCUUCAGGACAAUAUAUACGUGCCACUCUUCCUUAUAUUCGAACUGAAAUUCCCAUCGUUAUUGUGUUUCGAGCAUUGGGGUUUGUUGCUGAUAAACAAAUAUUAGAGCAUAUAUGCUAUGACUUUUCGGACACUCAAAUGAUGGAGUUGCUACGUCCUUCUCUGGAAGAGGCGUUUGUAAUUCAAAAUCAACAGGUUGCACUUGACUACAUUGGGAAAAGAGGAGCCACUGUUGGUGUAACCAAGGAAAAGAGAAUUAAGUAUGCUAAGGAGAUCCUUCAAAAGGAGAUGCUCCCUCAUGUUGCCAUUGGGGAAUAUUGUGAGACCAAGAAAGCUUACUAUUUUGGAUAUAUCAUUCACCGGCUACUACUCUGUGCACUUGGGCGGAGAGCAGAGGAUGAUAGGGAUCAUUACGGAAAGAAGAGGCUGGAUCUGGCUGGUCCUUUACUUGGUGGACUUUUUAGAACGCUGUUCAGAAAGCUAACAAGAGAAGUCAGGGCGUAUGUACAGAAGUGUGUUGAUAAAGGGAAAGAGGUUAAUCUGCAAUUUGCUAUCAAUGCAAAAACCAUCACAAGGGGCCUUAGAUACUCACUUUCUACUGGUAAUUGGGGGCAAGCAAAUAGUGCAGGGACUACAGCUGGAGUUUCACAGGUGCUGAACCGCUUAACCUAUGCAUCCACUUUAUCGCACUUGCGAAGACUGAAUUCCCCAAUAGGGCGUGAAGGGAAGUUGACCAAACCAAGACAACUGCAUAAUUCACAAUGGGGAAUGAUGUGUCCAGCAGAAACACCCGAAGGACAAGCCUGUGGACUGGUGAAGAAUCUGGCAUUGAUGGUCAACAUAACGGUUGGUUCAGAUGCAUAUCCUAUUCUACAGUUUUUGGAAGAAUGGAGCACCGAGAAUUUUGAGGAAAUUACUCCUGCAGUGAUUCCCCAAGCAACAAAAAUUUUUGUAAAUGGUUGCUGGAUAGGUAUCCAUCGUGAUCCUGAUAUGUUGGUGACAACAUUAAGAAUGCUGAGACGACGGGUUGAUGUUAACACUGAAGUUGGGGUUGUCAGAGAUAUCCGUCUUAAAGAGGUGCAUAUAUAUACAGAUUAUGGUCGUUGCAGUCGUCCUUUAUUCAUUGUGGAUAAGCAAAGGCUUCUCAUAAAGAAGAAGGAUAUUCAUGCUUUACAACAGAGGGAAUCCCCUGAAGAGGGUGGAUGGCAUGAUCUAGUGUCCAAGGGCUUUAUAGAAUAUAUUGACACGGAAGAAGAAGAGAAUACAAUGAUUUCCAUGACAAUUAAUGAUCUUGUACAAGCUAGGAUCAAUUCAAAAGAAGCAUAUUCUAAUACGUAUACUCAUUGUGAAAUCCACCCAUCACUGAUUCUGGGUGUAUGUGCUUCCAUCAUACCAUUUCCUGAUCACAAUCAGUCCCCACGUAAUACGUAUCAGUCUGCAAUGGGAAAGCAAGCAAUGGGAAUAUAUGUUACCAACUACCAGUUUCGGAUGGACACCUUGGCCUACGUUUUAUAUUAUCCGCAAAAGCCACUGGUCACUACAAGAGCCAUGGAGCAUCUUCAUUUCCGUCAACUCCCAGCUGGAAUUAAUGCCAUCGUUGCCAUUUGCUGUUAUUCUGGUUACAAUCAAGAAGAUUCUGUGAUCAUGAACCAAUCAUCAAUAGACCGUGGGUUCUUUCGGUCUCUGCUUCUCCGUUCAUAUAGAGACGAAGAGAAGAAGAUGGGAACCCUAGUCAAAGAAGGUUUUGACCGUCCAAAUAGAGCUGACACCAUGGGAAUGAGACACGGUUCUUAUGAUAAGCUGGAUGAUGAUGGUCUUGUAUCACCAGGUACAAGAGUAUCUGCUGAGGAUGUUAUUAUUGGAAAGACCAGCCUAAUAUCCCAAGAGGAGGAUGUUAUUACUGGAAAGACCAGCCCAAUAUCCCAAGAGGAGGCACAAGGACAAGCUUUACGAUACACUAGGCGUGAUCACAGCAUAAGCUUACGUCGCAAUGAAACUGGAACUGUUGAUCAAGUUUUGGUGACAACAAAUGCUGAUGGAUUGAGAUCUGUGAAAUUAAGAGUGAGAUCUGUUCGUAUACCACAGAUUGGUGACAAAUUCAGUAGUAGACAUGGUCAGAAAGGAACUGUUGGCAUGACUUAUAGGCAAGAAGACAUGCCCUGGACCGUAGAAGGCAUCACCCCUGAUAUUAUUGUGAAUCCACAUGCCAUUCCUUCUCGAAUGACAAUUGGUCAGCUUAUCGAGUGUAUCAUGGGGAAGGUGGCAGCUCAUAUGGGAAAAGAAGGAGAUGCUACUCCUUUUACAGAUGUUACUGUGGACAAUAUCAGCAAAGCUCUGCACAAAUGUGGGUAUGAAAUGCUUGGUUUAGAGACUAUGUACAGUGGUCAUACAGGUAGACGUCUGAGUGCAAAGAUUUUCCUUGGUCCGACAUAUUACCAAAGACUGAAGCACAUGGUUGACGACAAGAUCCAUUGUCGUGGUCGGGGUCCUGUGCAGAUCCUCACAAGGCAACCUACUGAGGGACGGUCACGAGAGGGAGGUCUCCGAUUUGGAGAGAUGGAACGGGAUUGCAUGAUAGCUCAUGGAGCCGCUCACUUCCUGAAGGAAAGGUUGUUUGAUCAAAGUGAUGCAUAUAGGGUUCAUGUAUGUGAGCAAUGUGGGUUGAUAGCUAUUGCAAAUCUCAAAAAGAAUAACUUUGAGUGCAGGGGGUGCAAAAACAAAAUUGACAUUGUUCAGGUUUUCAUUCCGUAUGCUUGUAAACUCCUCUGCCAAGAGUUAAUGGCUAUGGCCAUAGCUCCAAGAAUGCUUACAAAAGGACAAAAGAAGAAGAAGGGAGCCUGAUAAACAUCUUUCACCAAAAGUCACUUUUCUUAUAUUCUCACCUCAAGCUCUCCAGAACUUAGGAUAUACACGGUAUCUUUGACAAAUAAGUUUUCGUUGUGAACAACAUGCAACAUCUUUCAAUACAUUCACAUCUCUUUUCAA